CGGUUUAGGGGAUCUGAUCAAGUCGGGAAGGUCGCAUUGUCUGCCGGGACACCGGGGCAUGGUGAAGGGUCUCGUGGUCGCAGUCAAGGGUCUGGUGGUCGUGGUCAAGAGUCUGGUGGUCGUGGUCAAGGUUCUGGUGGUCGUUGGUAGAGCCCACGGCCCCACAUAUUUCGAACAUCAGGGGGAAGGGAGCAGUGGAGACAGUACACCGAGAGAAGAGGAUGAGGAAGGCUCGCAGGGGCGAAGUAGGGACACUUGUGGAGAGGAAGAAGAGGAUAGUGAAAACACUAUCAGCGAGAGGGAAGCACAGCUUGCACACGAUCCUGGGGAGCUUCACGUUGGCCACGGGGACAAUAGCGAUUACGAGCAAUCUGACGAUCGUGUCGAACACUAUGAUGAACCGCGCGAGGAGGAGCCGCAACAGAAAAGGAGUGGGAAAGCCCGCCCUGCGAAAGCAAGAACUCCUUCAGCCCCUGCAGUUGUCGGGGACAUUGAGGAGAGAAAAAGGAAAGCGAGGCAGAAGAGGAGAAAAAGUCUCGAGCAGAAAAGGAGCAGGAAAGAGCCAGUGCAAAAAAGACAAGUGCAGCCUUUGCCGAUGGAAGAAGCAGUCCAGCGUGCUCACGACGAGGAUGUUGUUGCCAAACAAAAACCGAUGCGGAAAAGGAGAGCGGCGAAGGGUGGCACGAUGGUGAAGACGAACGUUUUCCCCGCAUUUGAACAACUGCAGUACGGAGGCAAGGGAAAAGGAAAGACUGUCACGAGACCAUCAAGCUUACAACUCUCGCCAAGUGAACCAGAGACUUUGCAUCUCGGUAAAGGUUUCUUUUUAAACUGCAACAAUGAUGGCACUCAGAAGAACGAGAUACAGUUCAUCACUAUUGAAUUCCAAAAGGUUCUGGAUAUUCCAGACGAGAAAUUUAGAUAUAAUCAGCGAUUCCUCGGCCAGAAUCAUAUUGACGAGAUAUAUGAAGCGAUGGUGUCGUCAGGUGAAGCGGCCAUCAGAGAGAGAACAACAGGCAGGACAGGAUUGAGCACAUGUCCACUGUAUGAGAAACCAGUAUUGUUGUUGGUUGCUUUGCAUGACAAAUUGCAUAUAGACUCGUCGGGGAAAAUUGUGCGAGCAACAAGGGUCACUCCUGAAGAGUUUGACAAGAAACUACUGGAAAAGUACUUCUGACUUGCGAGGCAGGAGCGAAAGCCAAAGACAUUGACGGAUGUAGUGGAGAAGAAUUUUCUCCCAACGAAGUGGAAAAUGGCAGCAGUUGUGUGGGAGCUAUUGAAAACCCAUCGCCAUUGCGUAGUAUUUGAAGGCGAGGAUAUGAAGUUUGACUUCCUUGCGCAAUUCAUGAACAAGAUGGUUGGCACUCGAGAUUAUUAUGCAAAUUUCAUAAAGUCGCCACCCUGCCAUGAUGAAGCUCGGGAUUUUGUACACAAAGUGGGUCAAAAUAUGUCGAACAUCUGGGAGUUCUUAUUCGAGAAGCGACCAGAAAAUAGAGGAGGCCGCUUAUAUGGCGCACACAGACGAAAAGUUGAGGUCCUUCUACGAGGUUAUCAUAAAGCUCUCUCUUCAGAUAAAGAAAUUGCAUUCCUUGACCAAUUGGAAUUCAUGUACUUUGACCAACAAAUCGGUGCUUUCACGCUCGCCACCUAUGUUACUUCCUUUCCAAAUGGGGAACAGUUCGACGCUGAUGACUCAGAAGAAGAAAGUGUUGAUGGUACUUUGCAAGCGGUCUUGGCGGGUGAAAGGCAAAAGGCAAGUACCUCGUCUUCUCAGAAGAUGGUUGUGGCACGGUCGUCAUCAGGGGGUCCUUUAAUCGGAACUUCGGGUAUCGUGCUUACCGAUGUGUCAGCACAUGCGCUACCUUCACCUCAAGGAAUGACUACACCUCUUGACAUUAAGACCGCUUUUGCAGCAUGAGUGUCUUCAUCUGGAGGAUUGAUGUCCGAUCAAGCAUUGGCCUUGAGAACUCUGUUCAGUAAUGAAAGUUCCCCCGAGUU